AUGUCAAGUCGAUUACAUCGGCCAUUUGAACUUUAUCAUGUACCCGAUAUAUUGAUUGACAUUUGUGUGGCGCCGCUGGAUUGCCGCUGGACCAUCGAUAAACCUUUGCGUGCCACUCCUUCGAAUGUCAAUUUGAACGUUAUCGUUGAGUUCAGUCCUCAAAGGUGUUUUCCAAUGGUCCACCCCGCUAUUACUCCACGUACAUGCGAAGUUUGUCGCAAAGGCGAAGAGGAGGUCACACUUCAACGGUGCUCCACUUGCAAAGAGCAUAAUUACUGCAGCACCGCGUGUCAACGCGCCGACUGGCCCACUCACAAACUUACAUGCAAGAAACCAGUCGUGUGGUACGAUAAGCACCGCAGGUGUCGAGACGGAAACAAGCACGAAGGGCGCUUGGAACUUAUCACUUGGUCUUGCCCAUUAGAAGAAACGGGAUGGGGACAUGUCGUUGAAAACGAAGCUGCCGAUUUCAAGCGAAAGUUUGAAGUUCAGUAUGGUGGUAACGAAGAGAGGUUCUACAAGUACUGGCCGCAGGGAUUCCGCUGGACGUGUUGUGGCACAGACGCUGGAAUGGAUUAUGGAUGUGAUCAUCAUGGGUCAGGCACGCAGCCCUGUACUUGUGACUUUUGCAGGAUGGGUUCACCUCUCCCUGAAAGAAUUUACGGUGAACAGAGCGCAUCGCGGAUGGGCCUUGCCCUCAGGCGUGGCCCAGACCGGCGGUCUUUCAAUGCCGGCCUAGCAGCGAUGUCUGCGACUAUGCGUACAAUGAUGGGCUUGGAAAUGUAA